CUUGUUUAAACUGCAAAAGGAAGGCAUGAAAUUCAUUAACUGAUAGGUAGUAGUCGUUGUCGCGUUCAGUGUUUGCCGUGCGAGCCACUACGAUACUGUUGAGAUGGCCGAUAUGCUGUUGAUUGAACGAGCUCGCGGCGGAGGAAGUGGAGGGUACGGCGGAGGAGGUUACGGUGCCAGUGAAUACGGAAACGAUUACGUUGACCCUUACGUCGUGUUGGCUUCAUUGGGUUUCGGAGUUUUCCUGUUCAACAUCGUUUACAACUUGUUGAACCGUAGCGCUCGAAGCGUGGACGUCUCCGACAUGAAUUUGCCAUUGCAAUUGUCUGACCGUCCAGAAGAAUUGCACAAUUUGCUGGAGAAUGCUACAAACUAUUACCAGGAGGAACCGUGGGCCAAGCAAAGUUGGUCGGACGACGACCCGUCGCCGUCGUCGACAUCGAAAUCAUCGCAUCGCCUGCUGCUCUUGAAGGAGUCGGUGCGGGUGGGUCAGCGGGUCGCGGACGCGAUACGUCGCCAUCCGGCCUCCUGUCCCAAAACUCUCCUCUGCAACCUAAGCAAUGACGCGAUCGCGUGGAGCAGGCAACCGGCCAUUGCGCUCAGGGCCAUGCAACUCUACAUAACGUCGCUAGCACACCAUUAUGGCCAGGAAGAUACUGCACGUUACGUCGAUCAGGUUGAGAACGAUGUGGUUCAAGAGAAAUUCGAUUCUAAUCAGGACUGCGAUUACAACAGCAACGGACCAUCCGAAAGCGACUGUGGUCUCUCUGAUCUAAUGGCUUUGUUUUAAUCUCUUUCUUUUUAAAUAGAAUUAAGCUGCAUUUGGGAAAUUUUAUCCAUUGGGAUAUCUAUUUACCUAGGCAAAUAGUGGGUGGUUAUGUUUAAACUUGGCUUUUCCUUGAGAACGAAAAUUCAGGAGGCAAUAAAAAAUACUUCACUCUGUACUCUGCUUAUAAGUGGGAACGCUGCAGCUAACUAGAAAUAAA